AUGCCUUUGGGGUUGUUCUGGAUGUGUUUGUGGUGCUUUCUUCGUCCUGGAGCCACCGGUCAAGGACAGUCGACUCCGGCUGUUUGUUCCCCCUCAUGUAGCUGUGAUGAAGAUGGAGGUGCGGACUGCUCAGGGAGAGGACUGACCACCGUCCCGGCUGGCCUCAGUGCUUUUACCUACUACCUAGAUCUGAGCAUGAAUAACAUCACUGAGCUUCCAGCAAAUGUUUUCAAGAACUUCCCUUAUCUGGAGGAACUGAGACUUGCAGGUAAUGAUUUAUCCUUCAUCCACCCUGAAGCCCUGUCUGGACUGCAUCAACUCAAAGUCCUGAUGCUCCAGAACAAUCAACUUAAGACUGUACCAAGCGCUGCUCUGAAGAACCUUCAUUUUCUCCAGUCUCUUCGACUAGAUGCAAACCACAUUACUACAGUUCCAGAUGACAGUUUUGAGGGUCUUCAGCAACUGCGACAUCUAUGGUUGGAUGACAACAACCUUACAGAGGUCCCAAUUGGUUCAUUACAGCACCAAGCAAAUCUACAAGCACUGACGUUGGCACUCAACCGCAUCUUGUACAUACCAGACAACGCCUUUGCAAACCUCACCAGCCUAGUUGUACUGCAUCUUCACAAUAACAGAAUUACAGAGAUUGGCAACAAAUGCUUCACCGGUCUUAUGAACCUGGAAACACUGGAUCUUAACUUUAACAACCUGAUUGUUUUUCCCAAAGCAAUUGAAGCCCUUCCCAAACUGAAAGAACUGGGGUUCCAUAGCAAUGAUAUUGCUUCUAUACCUGAAGGGGCUUUUCAUAACAACCCCCUGCUGCGAACCAUACAUUUCUAUGACAACCCUCUGUCAUUUGUGGGUGCAACGGCUUUCCAGAAUUUAUCUGACCUCCACUCUCUAAUGCUGCGUGGGGCAGGCAUGAUGCAUGACUUCCCUAUCCUCACAUGGACAAACAACAUUGAGAGCCUGACACUGUCGGGGACCAAGAUAUCAUCCGUCCCCACUGAUUUGUGUGAAGAUCUCAAGCUUCUAAGGACACUAGAUUUAUCCUACAAUGAGAUCAAGGAGUUACCAUUCCUUCAGGGCUGUGUCCAACUGCAGGAGAUAAGCUUUCAACACAACCAGAUUGAACGAAUAGGAAGGGAACAUUUUCAAGGUCUUACUGCUCUUCGUUUACUAGACCUGAGUAGGAAUAAAAUCCAAUUUAUCCACAGAGAUGCUUUUCUUACCCUUUCUGCUCUCACUAACCUAGAUCUGACUAUGAACUAUCUGACUGCGUUUCCAACGGCUGGGCUCGGUGUCCUUACUCAACUGAAACUCUCAGGGAACCCACAGAUGAAAAAUGUGCUGACUGUGAAGCAGUUACCCAAACUUAGAUAUGUCUCUGUUCCUUAUGCCUAUCAAUGUUGCGCAUUUGUUGGAUGUGACUCAGUGACAAGUUCUUGUGAGGAACGUGACGUCAAGAGAUCAGCAGGUGAAGAGGAUGUGGAACAAAAUCCAAUGAUUAUGCAUUGCUCUCCUUCACCAGGAGCCUUCAAGCCUUGUGAGAAUCUCUUAGGCAACUGGAUGAUUCGCCUGACGGUGUGGUUCAUCUGCUUGGUGUCGCUGGUUUUUAACAGUCUAGUGCUGGUUGCCACCUUCUCCCCCACACACUGCUUCUUAGCCCGCUCUCAUUGGCGAAUUGCAUCCAUCCCCUCAGCCAGAUUGUUGAUGGGCCUUCUCGCCUUGGCAAACCUGCUCACAGGCCUUUAUGUAGGGGUGCUGACCAUGCUGGACGUCGCCACAUGGGGGUCGUUUGCCGAGUUUGGCGUUUGGUGGGAAAUGGGGCCCGGCUGCCAGUUUACAGGGUCUCUUGCGGUCUUCUCCUCGGAGUGGGCAGUAUUGUUGCUCUUACUGGCAGCGGUAGAGCGAAGCGUGUCCGUACGGGACAUUCUCGGCAAAGCGAUGACAUCGCCCAGGAGGAGCGGCUUCAGCCGCAGAGGAUGCUGGAGACGAGAGCGACGCUUCGGCCUGGCCGCCGGCGUGGCGGCCUUGCUCGCUGGCGGCGCCGCCUGUCUACCUCUACUGACGUUCGGCGAACGGUCUGCCUCGCCUCUCUGCCUACCCUUCGCCGGGGCGGAGAGUCCAGCCCUAAGCGUCACCGUUGUUCUGGUGCUGCUUAACGCCCUGGCUUACCUGUUCACUGCGGCCGUAUACACUCAGCUGUACUGUCACCUGGGGAGGGUGGAACUGGUUGACCCAGAGCAGACGGGCGCUCUACGUCACGUAGCUUGGCUCAUCUUCACCAACUGCAUCUUCUUUUGUCCUGUGGCCGCUUUCUCAUUUGCCCCCCUCUUAACCGGAUCUACCGCCGGAGGCCCGGAGAUCGCCAAGUCCGUCACUCUGAUUUUCUUUCCGCUCUCAGCGUGCCUCAACCCGGUUCUCUAUGUUUUCUUCAGCCCGGCCUUCCGGCAGGACUGGCUGAGGUUACGCAGUUGUCGACGUCUGAGCAGGGGGAAGAAGCAAACUGGAGGCGACAGCCACGGAGACGUCGGCGGUGGCGACUCUGAGCUGACGGGUGGAGGCUCCUCCGCUCAGUUCAACUUUGACUGUGGAGUUUACUCUCAACUUUGUGGAGAAGUGGUUUUGUGCGAGGAGUGUGAGGCGUCGCUGCAUGCCAAGACCUGCUCUUCCCUCUCGUCCUCCGCUGUCUGCAGACACUUGGUGAAAUCUCACAGCUGUCCCACCCUCUUGACAGGAGGGGCAGCGUGCCAGCGCGCUGAGGGAUUCUGGCCGGAGAGCGGCACGCCGUCGGCUCAGUCCGAAUACGCCGACGAGGGGGACUCGUUCGUCUCUGACAGCUCGGACCAAGUUCAGGCGUGUGGCAGAGCCUGCUUCUGCCAGAGUAAAGGCCUUCCUCUAGUAAACUACUCGUACAGCAUACCUCGAGUCAAAGACUAA